AUGCUUACAACUGGAGCACCAGUUCCUGGACCCAAAGCUGAUGGAAGGAAAUGCAGCAAGAUCCUUAGCCUGAGGGGUACCUCAAAGGUGCUUGACCACAUCAGGCCUGUUUUUUCUUCCCUGGAGCAUAGUUUUGUUCCUGAAGAGGUUUUCCAAAGCCUGACCUGUGCCAGCAAGUUUCUCUACAACCCAGAGUCCCUUCAAAGCACCAAAACCUCAAUGGGCUUCAGGGGCUGCCUGCAAACCCCAGAUUGGCUUUAGCAUUAUCCUCAUCAUCAGACCACGUUCAGGCACCUGACACACCACCCUGCCAGUUUGACAGGCUCUGGAAGGGAUAUCUCUUACUUGUGUAAUAUUGCAACUGGCCAAGAAGCUAAGAAAGCAAUGACUGGCAGAAGCUCUUUUUCUGAGGGUUGUCAUGACCAGCAGGGGAGCCAUGGUACAGUCCCCUGUCCCUAGAGAGCAAGCCUAGGAGACAGUCUGGAUCCCAAAUUUUAUGUUGUGGAGAACAGGAGAGUUUUGUCCUUGAAGUACUUCGAUGAUAAAUAAACCACACUGCUUGAGGACCAUGAAAAGCAGCUAAGACUGUUCCCAUCCACGAAACCUUCUGGGAGGUUAGAGGUCAUCCAGCUGAUGGAGAUGAUGGACAGCAUGUUGGAAAAAGCUGGAGCAGACAAGCUAAUCAGAAUAACAGGACCUGCACAGCUGCACAACAUGCUGGAGCUGGUGAAGUCGGAGCAGAACAUCUACAAUAUUGUUUUCCAUAAGCUGAUUAGGCAGGUCAGCAUGGACUGUGUGGAGAGAGGACAGCUCCUUUCAAAGCUCAGGCAGGGGUACGUGCGCCUCAUGGAGCGGAUUCCUGAACAAAUGAAGGCCCUCUACAAAACAGUGAUGGCACAGCAGCUGGUCGACAGGCACAUUACAGAAGAGCUACUCUAUUUCAAAGACUCUGUGGGACAGCUGGCCAGCUGCGUGAGGUACAACAAACAUGACCACAAGGUGACCAAAAAAGCAGGAAAAGCUGAAGAGGAGCUAUCUGCAGCCUUGCAGGAGGAGGAGGUGAAUGUCAACCUUUUAGAAGAGUUUUGGGAGUUAUAUGAGCUCCAGAGAAGAUGACUGGAAGAGCAAAUUCUGCUGGUAGCCCAGAGAGACAUUUGGAGCUCAGCUGCCUAUGAUCUGGCUCUGAAGAUAAUAGACAGAGACCAGCUCACGUUAUUUCACAGGCUCCGUGUUAGUGGAAUGACAGUGACCAGAAUUCUCAAGCAUUUCAUAGUCCUCUUGCCCUCCAAGUCCCUUUUCCCACCCUUAUGUCCAACAGGAGACCUGGCUGAUCUGCAGGAAGAGACUGAGCAGUUCAGGGAGAAGCUGGGUCAUGUUGGAGCAGAAAUAGAGCACUCUGAGGAGGCCAGCCAGGGAAAACUGCAAAUUGCCUGCAACAGCCUCAACAAGUGGUUUCAGUUCUUCCACAGCAGUGACUUCUCCUCUCCCAUGGGUGGAAAGCUACUGGAUGAAAUCCUGCAAGAUGUCAAGAACUUGAUAAAUAUGCUGAAAGAAGACUUGGAGCAGUAUGGAGCGGAGGUGCUCCUAGGAAAGAUGGAAAGUCUGAGGAGUGUUGCCAGCCUGCAGGAGCACUGGAUGGAGCUGGGACAAACAGUGCUGAACUGACACCAGAACUUUGCUGGAGCACUGCCUCUGCGGCAUGCUGCCCUGGAAGAAGUAAACCAAAGGGCAUGUGAGCUCUACCAGCAAUACAAUAUAAGGAUAAGUGGGAAUAAUGGCACAGCCAGGUUUUUGGCAGCUUUGGUGAAGAGUAUGGAAAACUGGUUAUUCAAGGUACAAAAGCUGAAGCAAGAUUCUGGCAUGCAGGAAGCUGAGUUGCAGGUAUUUUAUCUGAAGAUUCCUGGGUGGCUGGCCAAGGUGGAUGCAGUGAUGGGCUAUACAGGCUCCAGCCAGUUGCUUGAAGCUGAGGGUGAUAAGAAGCCACGUUUCCCAUCAAGACAGAGGGUGGUACCUAGAAAAUUUUUUCAGAUGAUUCAGCAAUGGGUUCUGUCCAUGAAUAAUGAGGUUGAGAUGAAUGUUACGUGUCUUAAUGAAAAAACUGAGUGCUGUAAUUGGAUUCAAGCACAUGGUCUUCUCUUCUCAGAGAUCAAAGGCACUCUGAUCUCUUUUCUGGAUUUAGAAAAACUGAGAAACCUGUUUGGCUCAGAGGAAUUGCAACUGAAGCUGAAGCUUAAAGACAUUUCUGCAGCUCAGGAAGAGGUUGAAGUUGAAGAUGCCAUCACUGGUAGGAAACCCAUAGCAGAGGAAGAAACUUUAGAACAGCAGCCAGGUGCUGGUACAGAUUAUCUGACUGAGGACAAUGAAGCUACUGCAGACAUGAUCAGAUACAUAGGACAUGAUUCCAAUAUCCACCUGAAGUCAGACAUUGUGUCAGUGACAGGGGAAUGUCUCUACCACACUAAUGGCUUCUGCCUAGAAACAGAGAUCCAUGCUCAAAAUGCAGAGGAGAGAUCUGAAGGUCUUGAAGAGAAGCUGGAAGAAGCCCUGGAGAGAAUCAAAGAGCUAGAUGAACUGGAGAAAGAGGGGAAAGUCAUCCCAGAAGCAACACACAAAGAAGGGCAAGAAAAAUAUUUUCAAGAAAGAGUCUCAGAAGUUGGGUCCUGCUCAAGUCCCGAAGCUUCUAUCUCUGGCCAGUCCAAAUGAUCCCAAAAAAGAUAA